UUCUCCGCCAACGUCGCUCUCUCGUGUCGCGUGUGGAUAAUCUCUCAAUCCCGGGUUAAACAAACCUCUCUUGACCUCUCGCUUCGACUGUUCCUCCUCCUCUUUCCCCGCGGGGAAGCUCGUUCCCAUCGCCGACAUCGCCGAAACCACACUCAACAACCCCCUCCAGACUCGCCCAAGAUGCCGACCGCCGGCCUCAAGACCAUCAUCGCCCUCUCCUUCGUCCUAGCCGUCGGAUUUCUCCUCGUUAUCCUCUCCUGCGCCCUCUGGAAGGUCUACUACCCUCUCUUGGUCGUCGCCACCUAUGUCGUCGCUCCCAUCCCCAACUGGAUCUGCGGCCACUGCGCCAACCCGGACGACUUUGUCGAGAGCUCCGGCGCCGCUGUUCAAGAUCUCGGACGCUUCUUUACGGGUUUCUUUGUAGUCAUGGGAAUUGCCCUACCCGUUGUCCUCGCGCAUUCUGGCCUCAUCGAGAUUCAGGCCAUGAUCAUGUCCGUAGUUGGAGGUCUACUCAUCUACGGCACCAUCAUCAGCUUCGGCAUGUUCUUCCACGAGGAGCAAGACUUUUAGAUGCGCAAACCCCGCGAGAACAUCAUUUGACGCCCGCAAUUUCCAAGCAUGGGGGAAAACAAGCGCGGCAGCAUAAAGAGGAGGAUAAUCGCCUGUACAUGGCGUGUACGUGUACGAUCAAAGGAAGAAAGAGAGAAAGGGGGAAAGAUGACCUUUUUUUGGCAUUCAGCGGGUUCUUGCAACGUGACGGUGUCAAGAUUAUCCAUGAUUGAUGGGUGAAAUUUCUGGGUCUUGGGACGAUGACAAACAGGGGUGGUGAUUUUCUUAGUUUAUCGUCAAUGGUAGACUGUUCUUGUUGCCAUGAUAUAUAUGUCUCUUUUUUUUCUCUUUGCUGUUCCGGUUGCUAUUCCCAUUUCCAGUUGCUUGCGUCGUCUCUUUGUCUAAUGCUGUUGAAAAUCCG